AUGUUGAACGUUGAGAAACAGAAGUCUAAAUAUCUUAAUAACAGAAAUCUUCAAUCAAAUAACUCCAAUCUGCAUACACCUAAUAUUACAGAGACUGGUAUGAAUGCAAUUGCAGAAUUAAAUCAAAGCUUUAAAUUGUCUAUUCCUGAAAAAAAUAGUAAUUCCUUAUCUGAAACAUUAAUUGAUGAUGAAGUAUGUACUAAUAUGUUUAAUGAUGAUAUAGGUGAUAUUAAUUGUAAUGUUUAUGGUGGCGUUGAUUCUGAUGAUAAUUGUUCUAAAACAGUUGAAUCAUUUAAUAUUGAAGAUGAACUUAGGUCUUGGGUACUGAAGUUUAAAGUAUCACAUAACAGUGCAAAUUGCAUACUCGGAAUAAUUAAAUCUGCAGGUAUUAAUGUACCCAAAGAUAUUCGAACACUUAUGAAAACUCCUACUACACAUGUAAUUUCUAAUAUUGGUCAAGGAUCGUACAUUCAUUUGGGUUUGGAAAAUAUGAUAUUACCUAUAUUAAAAAAGUUCAAUGCUUUAAUAUACACCCCAAAUAAAAUUUUAAAGAUAGGAAUUAAUUUGGAUGGUCUUCCAUUAUCCAGAAGUUCUAAAAGCCAACUUUGGCCGAUUUUAAUUGAAUUUACUAAUUGCAAUUUGUUAUCAGAAUAUGUACUUCCAAUUGGAAUAUUUCAUGGAAAUACAAAACCAAAAUCCAUUCAUGAAUUUUUAAAUCCUUUUUUAUCUGAUCUUUUAAUAUUAUUAAAUAGUGGUUUAAAUGUUGAUGGAAAUAUUUAUCAGUUUGAAGUAGGCCAUGUAGUUUGCGAUUCUCCAGCAAAAAGUUUUUUACUAAAUGUUAAAGCUUUUAAUGCAUACUUUGGAUGCACUUCGUGCACUCAAGAAGGAUCUUAUAUCAAUAAUAGAAUGGCAUUUUUAAAAAUAGAAUCACCUUUGAGAACAGAUAUAUCAUUUAGAUCUAAAACUCAAGAAGAGUAUCAUAAAGGUAGUAGCCCUCUUGAAUUAUUACCAAUCGAUAUGAUAAAUGAUGUUUGUUUGGAUUAUAUGCAUAAUGUUUGUUUGGGUGUUACAAAACGAUUAAUAGAGUUUUGGGUAAAAGGAAAGAAGGACGUAAGAUUAAUCGAGGAAAAUAAAUUUAGGAUAACUAAUAAUUUGUUAAAUCUACGACAGUAUGUACCAUCCGAAUUCAGUCGUUUACCCAGAGGGUUAGACGACAUAGAAUAUUAUAAAGCUACUGAAUUGAGAAUGUUUGUUAUACAUUCUGGGUUAGUAGUUUUAAAAGGAAAUUUAAUUAAACAAAUGUAUUCACACUUUAAACUCUUUGUAUGUGCAUUAAGAAUUCUAAUAACCCCCGACAUCUGCCAAAUUUUAAAUAAUUUAGCACAAAGCUUACUGAAUGAGUUUGUAGCUCAGUACUCAUCUUUGUAUGGUGCUCACUUUGUGACUUAUAAUGUGCAUAGUUUAUUACAUCUUCCAAUGUAUGUUAAAGUACACGGCUGUCUUGACAAUUUCAGUUGCUUUAAAUAUGAGAAUUAUCUACAGUAUAUAAAAAAAUCAGUAAAAAGCGCUAAAUAUCCUCUUCAGGAAGUUACUAACCGAAUUAUGGAAAAACAAAAAUAUUUUAUCUCGAGUGAUAUAAAACUUGAUCCUAUUAUUAUUGUUAAAGAGAUUGUUAACACAACAACUUCUACUUUUUAUUGUUUAGCUGACAGAUUAUUUAAACAAAUUUUUAUUAAAAAACUGAAAAUUACUAUAAAUAUUCAUAAUAAACGUGACAAAUAUAUAAUGUUAAACAAUAACGAUAUUGUAAUUGUGAACAAUAUUAUUAAGCCACAAAAUGAAUUAGGCUUCAAUCUAAUUGUUCAAAAAUUUUUGAAUACUUCCUCUCUUUUUACCGAGCCAAUUGUGUCUUCCACUAUUGGCUUAUAUACUGUAAACCCUAUUAUUUUAUCUGACAACUUCAAAAUUAAUAUUUCUGACAUAAAAUAUAAAUGUUUUUUUAUUUAUUUAUCAAACGAUAAAGCUAUAAUUACAACAUUAAAUCAUUCUUUUAUUGAUAAGUCUUAUUAA